AGGGAAACAAAAUGGCAACAUCUUUCCCUUGGAUUCUGCUUGCCACAGUGGUGAUGGCGAUGCCACUUUCCUUUGGCACAAAAGCAAAUCAACUUUCUUACAACUACUACAAGUUUUCAUGUCCAAAUUUGGAAAGUGUAAUCAAGAAUGAGUUGCUUAAAUUAUUCAUGACAGAUGCUACUGCACCAGCCGCAUUUCUCAGGCUCCUGUUUCAUGAUUGCCAAGUUCAAGGAUGUGAUGCCUCAAUUUUAUUGGAUUCCAGCUACAAUAAUCACAACUCUGAAAUGAUUUCUUCAAGAAACUUUGGCGUCAGAAAGCUGGAAAUGAUCAACCACAUAAAAUCAGUAUUAGAAGAAGAAUGUCCGGGACAGGUCUCUUGUGCAGAUAUCAUUGCAUUAGCUGCCAAAGAAUCAGUGUCAUUCUCUGGAGGACCCCAUAUUCAGAUCCCACUUGGAAGAAAAGAUUCAAGAACUUGUAGUUCUCAGGAGGCUGAUGCUAAGCUUCCUUCACCCACCAUAACGGUUGAUGAAUUUAUAUCCAUUUUCACGUCUAAAGGAAUGAACAUUGAAGAGUGUGUUUCUAUUUUAGGUGCACAUACCCUCGGUGUUGGACACUGCUUAAACAUUGUUGGUAGAUUAUAUGAUCCAAGGGUAGGGGACAAGAUGGAUUUUGGGUUUGGAGCCUCACUAAGAGUGGCAUGCCCAACUCAAGUUCCUCUCACAAACCUCACAGUUGUGCCUAAUGACAUUACCCCCGUUACAUUUGACAACCAGUAUUACCGAGACAUCAUGAUGGGGAGAGGCUUGUUCGGUAUUGACUCAAGCAUUUCUACAGAUCCCAGAACUGCACCCAUUGUCACGCGGUUUGCUAUGGAUCAGAACAACUUUUUCCAGGCUUUCUCAUCUGCGUUUGUUAAGCUUUCUUCUACCAAUGUUCUCACAAAAGUGCAGGGUGAUGUCCGAAGGAAAUGCAAUCAGGUAAACUAACGGAGAGAAUGUUGUGUAAUGUCUUCUCCAAGUAUAUAUAUAAGGAAAAUUAUAAUACAUGCACAAGGUUUGUCAAACUCAUAUGUCAUCUAGUGGUGUAAACCCUAUAUAUUUAACCACCAACGUUUCUCCAUUAUUAUC